CGUGUCCCUCGUAGCUCCUGGCACGCGAACCACUAAAUCUUCGAGCGGUUGCCCGUACUAUUGAGAGCGGAGAUCCCUUGUAAUUGCGUACACUAUUGUCGAAAUGAAGUCAUUGUACCUCUUGUCAUUAUUAUUUUUCGUUUCUGUAUUCUGUAACGAAAAAUUAGAGUUAGAAGAUAUUGAAAAGGAUCAACUUGAAUAUGGAAUUACUAACGAUAAAAAGUCUUCUACGGAGACAUUACACACGGACGAAACCAAAUAUUCCGCAAAAGCGGAAACGAGUCACUCGCAGCAACAACGGCAUCAAUAUCUUGGUUCAACUACUCCUUCUCCUCAGGAACUUGGCAAUCAACUUAGAGAUUACGCGGAACUUCAAUCUUAUGAAAAUUACAAAUAUACGGUACAGCCACAUACAUAUUUACAAGAAAAGUAUCCGCCAAGCGCUGAUGGAUCCAUUUAUUUACAUCAAAAUACACUUCUAACGAAUCCUACGCAACAGCACCAACAAUAUUACGGUCAAAAUGAUCAAAGUCAUCACUCUCAAAAUGAUUAUAAUAUGCAACAGCAACAGCAGCAGCAGCAGCAGCAGCACUUUUAUCAACAGAAAACAACGUUGGAAAAUAAUGGACAAAGCGUAGAACAAGAAUCUCCUUCACUAAAAAAUGUUGAUGAGAAUAGCAAUAAAGGAACUUAUUAUGUAAAUAUACCAAUGACUGAAUUAUUAGCUUACUACAGAAAUUUAGGAAUAAUCCAUACGAAAAAUAAGAAUGAUGAACAACAAAUUUCAAUACCUGUUUACUCAUCUCUGUUAACUGAGAAUCAAGUGUAUAAUCCUGAGAAGGUUUCAUAUCAGCCUCAACUACGAUAUAUCUCAUAUCCAAAAUAUACUAAAGCAAUAUUCACAAAGUCUUCGAAGGAUUCAAGUAUCGUAUCUUCACCUCAACAACUUGCAACGGCGAACGACGAACAGUAUACUUCGCCGACGAAAAUGUUAACUAACUCGGCUUAUGAAAGUUUAACUUCCUCUCCAUCCUCCCUCAUAAACAAACCUCAAAAGUAUCGAUAUUACAUGUCACGUCAGCAAUACCCACAGUAUGGACAUCGGCAACAACAGCAGUUCCUUUACGCUAAUCCUCAAAGUGCUUACAUGGAUAUAUAUAAUACGCCUGCGGCACCCUAUAUCCAGGAUAAUUUGUUAUAUGAUCAACAUAAGCAUCAGUAUUAUGUACCAACUGCUUAUGCAAGGGAGCUUAUGAUGCAAAUAUUCCAUCAGACAGGAGUAAGGAAUACGGAAGGGAUUCAAAAGUUCACCAAGCAAGAAAUUCAGGAAGCGCUUCACCAAGACUUUUCACCCCUUCAAUAUCAAGGACAAAAAUUCCAAGGUACUACUUCGGCUCCCACUUAUUCUGGAAACGAAGGUUUUUCAACAAAAUCGAUUUAUUCAUUUCCAACAUCGUCAUCAGCAUCCAGUGAUUCAAAAAGCCUUCUUGAUUCAUACGUUCCAAGUCACAUAAUAGCUGCACAAGAUGUAAAUCGGUACAGAGAAAGGCCAAUUAAACUUGAAAGUGGUUUUCUACCAUCGAAAAUAAACUUCAUCCGAUCUUACAAGAAACGCAAAAUCGAGUAAAAUGAGAGUAUUGGACGAACUGGCAGGGGAAGUCUUUUACUGUGAACCAAAAUGGUGACAGAUAGAGAGAAAGA